GUGCGGCCGGCGGGGUUCCGGCGGGGGGUCAGGGGGGGCCGGGGCGCCGCGCGGAGUCCCCGUGCGCCCCGCUACCGGCCUCGAGCAGCCCGGGCCCCGGCCCCGGCGCGGGGAUGGACGGCCCCGGGGCCAGCGCCGUGGUCGUGCGCGUCGGCAUCCCGGACCUGCAGCAGACGAAGUGCCUGCGCCUGGACCCGACAGCGCCUGUGUGGGCCGCCAAGCAGCGCGUGCUCUGCGCCCUCAACCACAGCCUCCAGGACGCGCUCAACUACGGGCUCUUCCAGCCGCCCUCCCGGGGCCGUGCCGGCAAGUUCUUGGAUGAGGAACGGCUCCUGCAAGACUAUCCGCCCAACCUGGACACGCCCCUGCCCUACCUGGAGUUUCGAUACAAGCGGAGAGUUUAUGCCCAGAACCUCAUAGAUGACAAGCAGUUUGCAAAGCUGCACACAAAGGCAAACCUGAAGAAGUUCAUGGACUAUGUCCAGCUGCACAGUACAGACAAGGUGGCCCGCCUGCUGGACAAGGGGCUGGACCCCAAUUUCCAUGACCCUGACUCAGGAGAGUGCCCUCUGAGCCUUGCAGCUCAGCUAGACAAUGCUAGUGACCUGCUAAAGGUUCUGCGGAAUGGUGGUGCUCACCUGGACUUCCGCACCCGAGAUGGGCUAACUGCUGUCCACUGUGCCACCCGCCAGCGAAAUGCAGGGGCAUUGACGACCCUGCUGGACCUGGGGGCUUCACCUGACUACAAGGACAGCCGCGGCCUGACGCCCCUGUACCACAGUGCCCUGGGGGGUGGAGACGCCCUUUGCUGUGAGCUGCUUCUCCAUGACCAUGCACAGCUGGGGACCACUGAUGAGAAUGGCUGGCAGGAGAUCCACCAGGCCUGCCGCUUUGGGCACGUGCAGCACCUGGAGCACCUGCUAUUCUAUGGAGCCAACAUGGGUGCCCAGAAUGCCUCGGGGAACACGGCUCUGCACAUCUGUGCUCUGUACAACCAGGAGAGCUGUGCUCGUGUCUUGCUUUUCCGUGGAGCCAAUAAAGAUGUCCGAAAUUACAACAGCCAGACAGCCUUCCAGGUUGCCAUCAUUGCAGGAAACUUUGAGCUUGCAGAGGUCAUCAAGACCCACAAAGACUCGGAUGUUGUACCAUUCAGGGAAACACCCAGCUAUGCGAAAAGGCGGCGACUGGCUGGCCCCAGUGGCUUGGCAUCCCCUCGGCCCCUGCAGCGCUCAGCAAGCGAUAUCAACCUGAAGGGUGAGGUACAGCCAGCAGCCUCUCCUGGGCCUUCGCUCCGAAGCCUCCCUCACCAGCUGCUGCUCCAGCGACUGCAGGAGGAGAAAGAUCGUGAUCGGGAUGGUGAACAGGAGAAUGACAUCAGUAGCCCCUCAGCCAGCAGGAGUAGCCAGAGCAAAAUCAGCCCGAGUGGGCCAGGCGGUCCCGGCCCCGCGCCCGGUCCUGGCCCAGCGCCCCCCGCGCCCCCCGCGCCGCCGCCCCGGGGCCCGAAGCGGAAACUUUACAGCGCCGUCCCCGGCCGCAAGUUCAUCGCUGUGAAGGCGCACAGCCCGCAGGGCGAGGGCGAGAUCCCACUGCACCGCGGCGAGGCCGUGAAGGUGCUCAGCAUCGGGGAGGGCGGAUUCUGGGAGGGAACCGUGAAGGGCCGCACAGGCUGGUUCCCAGCUGACUGCGUGGAGGAGGUGCAGAUGCGACAAUAUGACACACGGCAUGAAACCCGGGAGGACCGAACGAAGCGGCUUUUCCGCCACUACACUGUUGGCUCCUAUGACAGCCUCACUUCACACAGCGAUUAUGUCAUUGAUGACAAGGUGGCUGUCCUGCAGAAACGGGACCACGAGGGCUUUGGCUUUGUGCUCCGGGGGGCCAAAGCAGAGACCCCCAUUGAGGAAUUCACGCCCACACCAGCCUUCCCUGCACUCCAGUACCUGGAGUCUGUGGAUGUGGAGGGUGUGGCCUGGAGGGCUGGGCUGCGCACUGGAGACUUCCUUAUUGAGGUGAAUGGGGUGAACGUGGUGAAGGUUGGACACAAGCAAGUGGUGGGUCUGAUCCGCCAGGGCGGCAACCGCCUGGUAAUGAAGGUCGUGUCUGUGACCAGGAAGCCAGAAGAGGACAGUGCUCGGCGCAGAGCCCCACCGCCCCCGAAGAGGGCCCCCAGUACCACACUGACCCUGCGUUCCAAGUCCAUGACGGCGGAGCUUGAAGAACUUGAAAAACUGGAUGAAAUUCUGGCAGCUGCUGCAGAGCCAACACUGAGGCCAGACAUUGCAGACGCUGACUCCAGGGCAGCCACUGUUAAGCAGCGGCCCACCAGCCGGAGGAUCACCCCUGCUGAGAUCAGUUCAUUGUUUGAGCGCCAGGGCCUCCCGGGCCCAGAGAAGCUGCCUGGUUCUCUGCGGAAGGGGAUUCCACGCACCAAGUCUGUAGGAGAGGAUGAGAAGCUGGCGUCCCUGCUGGAAGGGCGCUUCCCACGGAGCACAUCAAUGCAGGACUCCGUGCGUGAGGGUCGUGGCAUCCCGCCUCCACCACAGACCGCACCACCCCCUCCGCCUGCGCCCUACUACUUUGAUUCAGGGCCGCCCCCCGCCUUCUCACCACCCCCGCCACCGGGUCGAGGCUACGACACGGUGCGCUCCAGCUUCAAGCCUGGCUUGGAAGCGCGCCUGGGCGCGGGGGCUGCUGGCCUGUACGAGACCGGUGCGCCCCUUGGCCCUCUGCCCUACCCUGAACGGCAGAAGCGCGCACGCUCCAUGAUCAUCCUGCAGGACUCCGCGCCUGAGGUGGGCGACGUCCCUCGGCCCGGGCCCUCGGCCACACCACCUGAGCGCCCCAAGCGCCGGCCACGGCCUCCAGGCCCAGACAGCCCCUACGCCAAUCUGGGAGCUUUCAGUGCCAGCCUCUUCGCACCAUCCAAGCCGCAGCGCCGUAAGAGCCCACUCGUGAAACAGCUGCAGGUGGAGGACGCGCAGGAACGCGCGGCUCUGGCUGUCGGCAGCCCUGGUCCAGGCGGCGGCAGCUUCGCCCGAGAGCCUUCCCCGACACACCGUGGGCCCCGGCAGAGUGGCCUCGAGUACAGCACGGGGGAUGGCCUGGGGCUUGCAUUCAGCGGUCCUAGCCCGGGUAAGGAGAGGCGGCUGGAGGAGCGGCGCCGCUCCACUGUGUUCCUGUCCGUGGGCGCCAUUGAGGGCAGCCCUCCCAGUGCGGACCUGCCGUCCCUACAGCCCUCCCGCUCUAUAGAUGAACGUCUCCUGGGAGCUGGUGCCACCGCUGGCCGUGACCUACUGCUCCCCUCCCCUGUUUCUGCUCUGAAGCCAUUGGUCAGCGGCCCUACCCUUGGGCCCUCGGGCUCCACCUUUAUCCACCCACUCACCGGCAAACCCUUGGACCCUAGCUCACCCUUGGCUCUUGCACUAGCUGCCCGAGAGCGGGCUCUGGCUUCCCAAGCACCUUCCCGGUCCCCCACACCCGUGCACAGCCCUGAUGCUGACCGCCCUGGACCCCUGUUUGUGGACGUGCAGGCCCGGGAUUCAGAACGAGGGGCCCUGGCCUCCCCAGCCUUCUCUCCACGUAGCCCAGCCUGGAUUCCUGUGCCUGCUCGCAGGGAGGCAGAGAAGGCUCCCCGGGAAGAGCGGAAGUCACCAGAAGACAAGAAGUCAAUGAUUCUCAGCGUCUUGGACACGUCCUUGCAGCGGCCAGCUGGCCUCAUUGUUGUGCAUGCUACCAGCAAUGGGCAGGAGCCCAGCAGGCUGGGGGCUGAAGAGGAGCGCCCAGGCACUCCGGAGCUGGCCCCAGCCCCCAUGCAGACAGCAGCUGUGGCAGAGCCCUUGCCUAGCCCUCGGGCCCAGCCCCCUAGCAGCACCCCAGCUGACCCUGGACCAGGUCAGGGCAGCUCCGAGGAGGAGCCAGAGCUGGUGUUCGCUGUGAACCUGCCACCAGCCCAACUGUCCUCCAGCGAUGAGGAGACCAGGGAGGAACUGGCCCGAAUUGGGUUGGUGCCACCCCCUGAAGAGUUUGCCAAUGGGAUCCUGCUGGCCACCCCACCUCCUGGCCCGGGCCCCUCACCCACCACGGUGCCCAGCCCGGCCUCAGGGAAGCCCAGCAGCGAGCCACCCCCUGCCCCUGAGUCUGCAGCUGACUCCGGAGUGGAGGAAGCCGACACUCGAAGCUCCAGUGACCCGCACCUGGAGACCACAAGCACCAUCUCCACCGUGUCCAGCAUGUCUACCCUGAGCUCGGAGAGCGGGGAACUCACCGACACCCACACCUCCUUCGCCGAUGGACACACUUUUCUACUCGAGAAGCCACCAGUGCCUCCCAAGCCCAAGCUCAAGUCCCCGCUGGGGAAGGGGCCGGUGACCUUCAGGGACCCGCUGCUGAAGCAGUCCUCAGACAGUGAGCUCAUGGCCCAGCAGCACCAUGCCGCCUCUGCCGGGCUGGCCUCUGCCGCCGGGCCUGCCCGCCCUCGCUACCUCUUCCAGAGAAGGUCCAAGCUGUGGGGGGACCCCGUGGAGAGCCGGGGGCUUCCUGGGCCUGAAGAUGACAAACCAACUGUGAUCAGUGAGCUUAGCUCCCGCCUGCAGCAGCUGAAUAAAGACACACGCUCCUUGGGGGAGGAACCAGUUGGUGGCCUGGGCAGCCUGCUGGACCCUGCCAAGAAGUCACCCAUCGCAGCAGCUCGGCUCUUCAGCAGCCUCAGUGAGCUGAGCACCAUCUCAGCGCAGCGCAGCCCCGGGGGCCCGGGCGGCGGGGCCUCCUACUCUGUGCGGCCCAGCGGCCGCUACCCCGUGGCGCGACGCGCCCCAAGCCCAGUGAAGCCCGCGUCGCUGGAGCGGGUGGAGGGGCUGGGGGCGGGCGCGGGGGGUGCGGGGCGGCCCUUCGGCCUCACGCCUCCCACCAUCCUCAAGUCGUCCAGCCUCUCCAUCCCGCACGAGCCCAAGGAGGUGCGCUUCGUGGUGCGCAGUGUGAGCGCGCGCAGCCGCUCCCCCUCGCCGUCACCGCUGCCCUCUCCUGCGCCUGGCCCUGGCCCCGGUGCCCCUGGCCCGCGCCGGCCCUUCCAGCAGAAGCCACUGCAGCUCUGGAGCAAGUUCGACGUGGGUGACUGGCUGGAGAGUAUCCACCUAGGCGAGCACCGCGACCGUUUUGAGGACCACGAGAUCGAGGGCGCACACCUGCCUGCGCUCACCAAGGAUGACUUCGUGGAGCUGGGCGUCACGCGCGUGGGCCACCGCAUGAACAUCGAACGCGCGCUCAGGCAGCUGGAUGGCAGCUGACGCCCUACCCCUACUUGCGCUCCGGCUGCGCCCUGCCGGCAGGGCCCCCACCCAACCCCGGGCCGCGGGCUCGGCCCGCCCCCUACGACGGCGCCCGGGCCAGGAAUGUUGCAUGAAUCGUCCUGUUUGCUGUUGCUCGGAGACUUGCCCUGUACAUUGCUUAGUGCCCCCCCUGCCGCCGAGCCCCACCCAGCACACAGGGCGCGGACCAGGGAGGCUGGGGCGGGAGGGGGUUAGAGGCAGGGUGAUCUGGCCUGACCACCUCCUUCACAGCUCCUGGUGGCCAUUUUCCCAGAGGGGGAACCUAGUCCAGCAUGCGAGGUCAGGACACGCCUUGGUGACUCGGGGGGAGGGGGGAGACAUUGGGGUUCUCGAUGGGGGCCAAGGAGCCCCCUGUUUUGCAUAUUUUAUUCCACUCUAUAUUUGGAACGAGAAAAGGAACAAAUAUCUCUGUCCGUAAUAGUUCCCACCACCCCUUCCCCUCAAACUCUCCCGCUGAUCUCGCCACAGCUGCCCAGUCUUCCAUCUCCCGCCCCUCACUGCCACUCCGUAAGGGGCAGGGGACGCUCCAGCUGGUCUGGGGUUGGCCAGGGUCCUGGUGGCCCACCCUGGGGCCCAGGCUCAGCCCCUUUCCCUCGCUGAGCUAUAGUGUGCCCCACCCACCCUUCAGGUGCUG